AUGUCACUAACCUCUGACGAGUACAGAGACCAGUGUCAUGGUUGCUGUUUGUGUUAGAGCAGCUGCCUUUUUUUUUUUUUUUUUUUUUUCUACGUAAGCUGAUAGCCCUAGCGGCUAUUUCAGCGUAACCCUAACUUUAGUAGGUGAGCUCACGGGGCCCAAACCUGACGAUGUUGCUAACACGAACCCUAGCAAGAGUCGUGCUUCGCAGAAUCUACCACCGGAUCGGAAACGCGACCCACUGAGAAGAUCCGGCGAGAAACUCAGUGGGCUGUGUCUGAGAGUUAAUUUACUCGUCGAGCCCUUCGUCGCAAGCGACGGGUUCGACGAGAACGGUGACCGGUGCUUGAAGUACCUAAAAGCACCGUUAGUGGAUCGGGAGGAUCCGAGAUGACGUGUUUUGGGCGACGUCGACUGCUUUCCAUUCUGUCCGCAGGAUCGGGAAUGUAGUUACCGGCGGCCACGAUGAGAGGGUUCUCGUGUCGUGCCGCUUUAUCGAAGUGAGCAGCUGCCAAUGACACAGAAUGGCGGAGACAGCAACUGACUACUGCGUGGCCGGAUCAGGCGAACGGGGUUAUUGUGUCACGUAGCUGUCUUGAAGUAGCGUUGGUAAUUUACUUUAACUACAAAUUAGUUGUAAGUACUAAAUGAGCCAAACUGAUAUUUUUUUUUCAGAAAAGAUAACAAUGUGGUAUAAAACGCAAACUGCUGGGUAUAGUCUUCUUCCUAGUGUUUUCCUGGUCUAGUGCCAGGAUGCGCUUUCCUACUUAAGCUCUUUCACUUUGCCCGGUCUUCGGCAUCCUUCUGGGUGAGGUUAUUCUUUAUUCUCCUUCUUAUCCACCUUUACCACAUCUAACCAGCGUUUCUUGGGCCUACUGCGGGAUCCUGGACCUGGUUCGUAGAGGUUGAGGUAUCUAUUUUAGAACGAUUUGAAUUAGCAUAAGAUUUGACGUAGAAACUUUAUAAAGAUUUUUUUUAUUGCUUUGAUGGGUGGACGAGCUCACAGCCCACCUGGUGUUAAGUGGUUACUGGAGCCCAUAGACAUCCACAACGUAAAUGCGCCACCCACCUUGAGAUAUAAGUUCUAAGGUCUCAAGUAUAGUUACAACGGCUGCCCCACCCUUCAAACCGAAACGCAUUACUGCUUCACGGCAGAAAUAGGCAGGGGCGGUGGUACCUACCCGCGCGAACUCACAAGGGGUCCUACCACCAGUAGAAUGUCAAGAGAAUUAUGAAAAAUGUGUGCAUUACUCGGACAUUUUGUCGGGAAGGUGGAACAUAAACUGUUUUGUAUCUGUGAAAGUCCACAAAUCUGGGAAAAUGAAAUAAAUCCGCUGGAAGUCCGCUCGCAUCUCGAGAUUCUCCAAAAAGUCUCAGUAAAUGACCACCAUUUUACUGAGAAUAUAGUUCAUCCCAUGUCAUCUCAUCUCAUUUCAUUUCAUGCCAUGUUAUAUAUUAAUCAACUUCAUUUUAUUUCACUUCUAAAUUUUUCAAAUUAAAAAAAAUAGGCUGUGUGGUGUGAUACCAUUGCCUUUCCAAUUGGAAAAAUAGAACUACUACUAUCAAAACGUACACAUGGUGGGAUGUAUUUUUGUUGAAAAUAAAUCAAAAUGAAAUUAAACGAGAAAGACAAAAAAAGAAAACAAAAACUCAAAGAUAAAAUAGUUAAAACUAAAAAGGAACAAGUUGCGGUCGUUGCCCAGGAGAUAAAGUUCGCGCGUUUGUUAUCCGGAAACGAAAACAAAGUACGCGAACGUGUGAUUAAAACACUGAAAAAGUGGCUCCAGAAUUGUUUUCACAGGGGAUACGAAUUCAAAGAAGAUGAUUUCACGAGAGUGUGGAAGGGUAUAUUUUACGCGAUGUGGAUGUCGGAUAAGCCACUUGUACAAGAAGACCUAGCGGAGAAUAUAGCAGGCAUCCUGGAUCAUUUUCCACCAGAACAUCUUCAUCAUGCAAUGCUUAUGACAAAGGCUGGCUUCAAGGUGUUGGCCACGGAGUGGUUUGGAAUCGAUCAACAUAGAAUUGAUAAAUUUCUUAUGCUUGCCCGUAGAUAUUUACGUGGGAGUAUCCGGUGUCUGCAACGUUGUGAGUGGAGUGUGGACAGCUGUAAGAAGUAUGCUGAGAUGCUUACUGAUGCUGACGGUUUGUUGUCAAUGAAGACUCCGCAUUAUGCCAGGAAUGCGAUUUCUUUGAUAUUACAUUUCAUUGAUUGUUUCCUAGAAGAAUUGGCCAAGGUAUCGAAAGGGAAGGUACCAGAAGACAGUAUGGUGGAACUGCUUCGUCCGUUCUGUGAGUACACGGCGCAAGGUGAAGUCCCCGCGCUGACCGAGGCUUCUCAGAGACUCCUGAUGGCGCUGCUGCGGCAGAGCAAGGAAGGCAUCAUGUACGCUGAAGCAACUAGAGCAUGGAAACAGAUGGGUUGCCCUAAAGGAGGUCCUGACGCCUUGGAAUUGGUGGUUGAAGAUGAGUCUAUGAACAAUGAAGACAGCGAUGAUGAAGAUGAAGAUACGGGCGCGCUGGACCCGCGCGCGGGCGGCGUGUCGGUGUGGCUGCGCACGCUGGCGGUGCCGGGCGCGGCGCUGGCGGGGCUGCUGCGCGCGCUGCUGGCCCGCACGCGCGUGGCGGCGCAGGGCCGCGUGCGCGUGUGCAUGCGCAAGUUUGAAAAGUACGCGCGGGGCCAGUACCCGCUUAAGAUGUCCGCCCGCGACACGGACGUCCCCAAGCUGUCUCCGCGCCUCCCCACCGCGCGCGCCGUCGCCAAGCUGCAGAAGGUCGAGAGGAUGAGCGUCGCGGCCUCCGAUGAUCUGGCCCUCCGAGGUUUGAGUCGUAAACAUCGGAAACGUCUCCUGGCGAAGUCGCGCGCCGGCAUUAGUAUCGUAGACGACGUGCAGAACCUCAAAGGAGACAAUAACACUGACAAACACAAUAAUAAAAAGAGGAAAGCAGAUUCAACACAAAAAGCUGCCAAAAAGAUGAAAUUGAACGCAACCAAACCCGGACCGAGCCCGAGCGACGAGCAGCGGGCAGCCGAGCGCGGCGGAGGGGAGGCGGCCGCGCCCUCCCGCCCCUCCCCCCCCGAUAGAAAACAAAAUAAUGACAUUGAGAAAACAAAGAAACUUAAACUCAAACAAAAAGCUAAAACUAAAAUAUUGACUUCAGUUCAGAACAAUAUAAACGCGACACCACACAAACAAACGGACAAACAAAAGCCCCUUAAACUCAUUAAACUCGACAAGGUUAAAAAUAACAAUAAUAAGAAUAAAAUAAAACAAUUAUUGACUGUUGACAAUAAAACUGUCAAGACACAGACCCCGGUCAGCAAAAAUCACAAUGUAGAAGCGAAGCCCACAGUGCUAGUGAAUAAAGUAAAGAAAUUUAAUAAAACGAAUGAUUCGAUUCACAGCCCCAAGAAGGUUAAGUUCGUUUUGAAAAAUAAUUGUAUGCAGAAGCCCGUGGACUACUAUAAGAGUGUCCGACAGAGCCCCAGCAUACCGUUCGACAGCUCCAAGACACCGGCCAGGACUAAUCUCAAACCUUCCACACCGUCACCCAUCAACCCAUUCUUCAAGAAGAAACUCAGACUCAAAUAACAGUUUCAGACUGAUUAAGCAACGAUACAAAAAUGAAUUGUUAUUUUCUUUUAAGUGCUUCUUGGAUUGUUGACAUCACUUUUAUGGAUUUAACUCUAAAAGUGUAUUAAAAAAAUCAUAAAUAAUUCAAAUCAAUUUAAAAUGAGUAGUCCAAUGUUUCUGUGCACGAGAAUAGUCAUACAAGGCAUACAAACACUGCUCCUUUGCGACACAGACACCACUAGCUGUACAGUUCAGUUCUGACCGGGAAGCACCCGUUGAACCCCAAAACUGUAUUCUAACUAAUGUUGUCCCGGGCCUAUUUGUCUAGUAAAUAUUCUUGUAAGAUUAUUGUGCCGUGGAAGAGUUCGUCGAGUAACGAAAUGUUGAUUAGCCAGAAAUAAACAUUGUUCUAUAAAAGA